AUGCCUGCUACUCCGACUAGACCCACUGCUAUUACUACGAAAUUACAAACGCCCAGCAAAUCAGGAAGUAUUACGCCAAGAAGAACUGUGAAUUCUUCAUUGAAUUCUGCAGCAUCUUCUGCUUCCAAUUUACAAAGCAUGGCAAGUAAUACCCCUUUAAACUCAUUUAAUUCAAGGUUAUUUUGGCCUGACAUGAUAACUUUACCUGAAAAUAAAUGGUGCUUUGACGUAGAUAAUAUCAUUAAUCGUUUAAAGGAUUCAGAGUCACAAUCUUUAUCAAUUAAAAAAAAUAUGGAAAAAUGCUUAAUAUAUUUUUAUAAUAUGAAGAAAAAAUUAAAAUUAUUUGAUCAUACUUAUACAGCCUCAUGCAUUUUAUUUUUCAGAUAUUGGUAUGUUUAUAAUUUACCUCCAAACAUUAUUGAUUGUAUUCAUUUAUCACAAGCUAUUUUAGUUACUGCAUGUAAGACAAUGGAAAAUAACAGGCCUGCAGAAUCUUAUGUUAAUUCAACUUGUGAAUUUAUUGCUAAGGACAUUUAUAAUGGAUCCAAUGUUAAUAUAGAUAAAUUGAAAUGGGAAACAAAGGAUAGAUUAGUUAAUAAUGAAAAAAAAAUAUUAUGUCAAUUUGGAUUUGACUUAAAUUUAGAUAAUCCAAAGGAAAUUAUUGAAGAAAUUUUUAAUGGAUUUUAUAGAUUUAAUAGAGAUUUUACAUUAACUGAUGAUUUCAAAAAAAUAUUUCCUAAAAUUAUCCAAGAAGCCAGAAAUUUUAUCAUUCAAGCAAUAACUCAACCUAUAUCUCUAUUAUUCGAUGGCUAUACAUUUAUUGUAAUAUCUUUGAUAUAUUGUGGAUUGCAAUAUAAAACUUUAAUUGAUAAGGAUUUCAAAUUUCCAAAAAAUUUCUUUAAGGAUAGAUUUCCAAUAAUUUUGCACUCAAUAGAUUUUGAAAAAAAAUUCCAAGAUUAUAAAUUAAUUGAAGAAACUUUUUUUGAUUUGAAAAGUAAUAAAAAAGAUAAACUAAGCAUUAAGAAAGAGGAUAUCGAAAGUCUUUUACAAGAAGAUGAUGAUUUAGAAGAGGACUCAUCCGAACAAAAUCCAAAAGAUGAUCCUUAUUCUUAUGAAAAGAUUAAAUCAGGUAUAGUUAAACAAGAAUUAUUAGAUCAUACCCAAGAAAGGUUGAACCAAAUGUUGCAAAAUACAAUAAAUGAAAGCAAAAAAAGAACGAGAAAUGAACCUUUUGCUGAAAAUGAUUUAUUAGCAAAUAAAGACAUUAAGAGGACAAAGAUAUAA